CCAUGCGGUUUCGAGUGGAGUCUUGCUGUGGCGGAGUGGUAAUAUCGUGAAGACAGACAGAAUGGCUGAGAACGACGUUGAAAACGAGCUGCUCGACUAUGAAGAAGACGAGGAGCCUCAGGGAGCCCCCGAGAGCGCAACCCCUGCAGGCAAGAAGGAGGUGAAGGGUUCCUAUGUCUCCAUCCACAGCUCUGGCUUCAGAGAUUUCCUGCUCAAACCAGAACUGCUUCGUGCCAUUGUCGACUGUGGCUUUGAACAUCCAUCUGAAGUCCAGCAUGAAUGCAUCCCCCAGGCCAUCCUGGGUAUGGACAUCCUGUGCCAAGCCAAAUCUGGUAUGGGCAAGACGGCUGUGUUUGUGCUGGCCACACUGCAGCAGAUUGAGCCUGUUGAUGGACAGGUGUCCGUAUUAGUCAUGUGCCACACACGAGAGUUGGCUUUCCAGAUCAGUAAAGAGUAUGAGCGGUUCUCCAAGUACAUGCCCACUGUCAAGGCAGCAGUAUUUUUUGGUGGCCUGGCCAUCAAGAAGGAUGAGGAGGUAUUGAAGAAGAACUGCCCACACAUCGUUGUUGGAACACCAGGCCGCAUCCUCGCCCUCAUCCGGAACAAGACCCUCAACCUGAAGAACGUCAAGCACUUUGUCCUGGAUGAGUGUGACAAGAUGUUGGAGCAGCUAGACAUGAGACGUGAUGUACAGGAUAUCUUCAGGCUCACACCCCACGAGAAGCAGUGUAUGAUGUUCAGUGCUACCCUGAGCAAGGAAAUCCGACCAGUCUGCCGCAAAUUCAUGCAGGAUCCCAUGGAAGUAUUUGUGGACGACGAGACCAAACUUACACUCCACGGCUUACAACAGUACUACUGCAAGUUGAAGGACAGCGAGAAGAACCGCAAGCUCUUCGACCUGCUUGAUGUCUUGGAGUUCAACCAGGUGGUGAUCUUUGUCAAGUCAGUCCAGCGCUGCGUGGCUCUGUCCCAGCUGCUGGUGGAACAGAAUUUCCCUGCCAUCGCCAUACACAGGGGAAUGGCUCAGGAAGAGAGGCUGUCUCGUUAUCAGCAGUUCAAGGACUUCCAAAGACGAAUCUUGGUGGCCACCAACCUCUUUGGCCGAGGGAUGGACAUCGAGCGGGUCAAUAUUGUCUUCAACUACGACAUGCCAGAAGAUUCUGACACCUAUUUGCACAGGGUCGCCCGUGCUGGUAGGUUUGGGACCAAAGGCCUGGCCGUAACCUUCGUGUCAGACGAGACCGACGCCAAGACCCUGAACGAUGUGCAGGACCGCUUUGAAGUCAAUGUGGCCGAGCUUCCAGAUGAGAUUGACAUCUCAACCUACAUUGAGCAGUCCAGAUGAGUUCUCAAGCCAAGCAGAAGUCUCCUCUCCGUGGAUCUCCUCGUCAUCUUGUAUUUGGAAGCAAACCCACUUCACUGUUUAUUUCAAAGCUCUGCUCCAUAACUGUGUCCACCAAACGUUUUUAUUUUAAUGUCUAUUGAGGGGGUGAGGUGAGGGUCGUCUGAUUUUAAUUUCUCUUUUACCGUGGUUUGUUUUUGCUCAGUGAAAUUAAAACUUUUUAUAAAACGCCAGUUGACCGUUUUGGUCUCUUGUAAGGAUAUUGUCUUCUUGAUCGUUGUUCACAUUUAUAAGGAUCUACAAGUAAAGCUUCUGGAAUAUGUGCAGAGAAGUAGUUCAGAGGAACUUGUAAAACAGAUUUUGUUUCUCUUUGCAAACAAGGAGUCAAAUCAUGUUCAGACUAGUGUUUUUUUUUCUCUCUCUCUCUGUUUUCUUCAGUUGUAGAUUUUUUUUGUAAUCCCCCUUGGUAAUAAGUGGUCAUGCAGUCAUAGUUCCAGUAGGGAAAAGAUUUUAAGUGACACGGCAGCUGUUUUUUGUCUUUUGCCACUAAUCGAAUACUUAAAAGCAAUCUCAAAGAGAACCGAUGAUAAAUCUGUAUAGUGUCACUGGACGUAGGUCUGCUGUUCACUGUGUAAUCAUUUUACUGAUGCCCCAUUUGUAACUCUGAAGGCCAUGAAGUGGUUUUGAUCUUGUUUUGAAAUAAAACUACAAGCAAA